CUGUUCUGCUGUGUUUCAUCACAUUAUAUUUUUAUAUUGUGCAAUAAAGUUGUUGUUUUUUUCUCUUCGUGUUUAGUUUACACUAGUGGUGUUCGCGGGUAUUAUUUACUCGCAUCAUCUUUUGGCUUUGUAACUCAACAUAAUCAAAGAAUUUUAAUCUAAAACAAUGUAAUAAUCAACUCUAAUAAUCAACAGAUGUUUACAUUUACCCUUUACCUUUGUUAGAUUACAUUACAUAAGGGUUAAAACAUCAGACAUUGGGGGGGCGGUGACGUCGAAAGGAAGACACGUGUUCGACCAAUCGGUGUUGACUCCGGUGGGCAUCAUCUCCUCCUUUGUAGGAGGUUGGAAUCAGUUUAGACUUAUGAUUUGUGGAGUGACACACCAGAGUUUGAGUUCAGUACAGUUGGAUGUCAGCUGAAUAAGAGCGCAGUUGGCAGUUAAACCGAGAUGGAGAGCGGGGGUGUCCUUCGCUGCCGAGCCAUUCCGAAGAUGCCCAUCUCCCCUGACAAGUGUUUGGAAGGGGAAUGUUGUCCAGGAGAACAUCACCAAAACACCAGAGACAACCACACUGCUGAUAAUGUUUCAGGAAAAAUUGAAGUGGAACAGGUGAUCAGUAAAAAGCUGCAACUGAAGAAGAAAGCAGAGUACCUGAAAAGCGACCUGAUGCUCCAGUUUGAUAGUCAGGUCAGUGACCUCAUGGACAGUCUUAUUGAGGAGGCAACCAGCCUGGAGCCUGCACCUGUAUCUGCUGGCUUCUCACCUCCACUGUCAGAAAAGGAGAGGAGCAAACUCAGGCAUUUCCAGUCUCCUCAUGGCCAGGGAAAGCAGUUUGUCAGUCGCCGGUCUUACCUAGAUGAGCUUUUUGAGGUGAAUCACCUCAGGACCAUCUACCACAUUUUUGUUGCCGUGCUCUUUGUCUUUAUUCUCAAUACACUUGUGGUAGAUUCCAUUAAUGAAGGCAGGCUGGUGCUGGACUUUGACCUGCUAGUCUAUACAUUUGGACAGCUCCCCCUGGUGGUGUGCACAUGGGUCUGCAUGUUCCUGUCUGCGUUGGUGGUUCCGUACACUCUGUUCAGUCUGUGGUCACAGACCCAGUCUGGGUCUUACAGUCACCCUGGGUUGUACAGUUUAGUGUUUGGCUCUGUAUUCCUGCUUUACCAGGCUCUGGGUCUAGGAUUCCUGCCUGCUUAUGUGGUGGUGACCAACAGUUUGCCACCUGCAUCAGCCGCCAUUGUCACCCAUGAACAGAUACGCCUAAUGAUGAAAGCCCACUCCUUUGUCAGAGAGAAUGUACCAAGAUUUCUGUCGUGGUCUAAAGACAAGACCAGUCCAGGUUCAGUGGUCCCUCAGGUUUCCCAGUAUCUCUACUUCCUGUUUGCACCCACACUCAUCUACAAAGACAAAUACCCCAGGAACCCAGUGAUCAGAUGGGGCUAUGUGGCCUCAAAUUUUCUUCAGGUACUGGGCUGCGUGUUUUAUUUGUAUUACGUGCUUCUGCGGCUGUGUAUCCCUCAGUUCCACGGCAUCAGUCAGCAAAUGUUUGACCUGAAGGCUGUGGUCCUCUGUGUCUUUAACCUCAUUCUACCAGGAAUGUUGUUUCUCCUUCUAGGAUUCUUUUCUGUCAUCCACUGUUGGUUCAAUGCAUUUGCUGAAAUGCUUCGUUUUGCUGAUAGGAUGUUUUACAAGGAUUGGUGGAAUUCAACCUCUUUUGCCAAUUACUAUCGCACAUGUAACACAGUGGUCCAUGACUGGCUGUACUACUAUGUGUACCAGGACUUUCUGUUGAUGUCUCGGAAGCGUUUCAAACCAGCAGCCAUGCUGUUGGUAUUUACGAUGUCUGCAGUGGCCCAUGAGUACAUUUUGACCCUCUGCUUAGGUUUUUUCUACCCUGUGAUCUUCUGCCUUUAUAUGGGCAUUGGAAUAAUGUUCAACUUCAUUAUACAUGAUGGAAGAAAAGGUCCCAUCUGGAACAUUAUCUUGUGGAUGUCCCUCUUCCUGGGUCAGGGGAUCAGUGUCUGUCUGUACUCCCAUGAGUGGUAUGCCCAACGCUACUGCCCCCUGAAAGAGCCUUCCUUCUUAGAGUUACUGAAGCCUCGCUCCUGGAGCUGUCAGAGAGGCUCGUUGGUGGACCCUGACGGGCUGUGACCUACGAUUCAACUAUCGCUGAGAACCAUCACUGAUCAAAUCUAAAAGUUCAUGCUAUACAUACAACCAAAAAAAGAUUUGGCAUUUCUAUAAGUGGGGU